AUGACCGCGGCGCGGGUCGCCUUCAGGCCCCGCAGACGGCUGCGUCAUCUGAGGGCGAUCCAGCUGCACGGUCCGGAUUUCGGGGACGCCCUGGGCGCGGGUGGCGUAGGCCAGGCGUUCUACCGGCUGUCCACGGCGCCGGCUGCCCCCUCCGAAAACGGGGGCACCCUGCUCUACACCAGCGAGAAGGUCGACCUGACGAGCCAGCCUGAGUGGGACCCGGUGGACAUCGAUUGGCACGCGCUCGGGCGCGAUGCGGUGCACGGCGCGCACUCCGGGCGGCUGCGUCUCAGCGUGUUCGCCGUGCCUGGGCGCCCGGCGGCCGGCGGGGAGGCCUGCCGGGACGCCGAGAAGGUGUUGGACGUGGUGUGCGAUUUGAACGCGCUGCCCGCGCUGGGGAGCGGCCCCACACCCUCGAACACCGCUCUGAUCAAGCUCUCCGACGGCUGGUACUGUGUGCCUCCUGAGAGAGAUGAUGCGGAGGAUGCUGCCAAAACAGCUGUGGUCCACAAGGCUCUGUGGCCCAAGCCAUCUCCCCCUAAGGAAGACGCCCCUGCCAAUGAGGAUGUGGACCAGGGGCAAUCCCUGGCCAAAGAGGAGGGUGGCCUCAUCCGCUCCUUCCUUCCCAGGAGGCUGUGGCGACACGUGCCUUCAUUUGGGCAUCUGAACGAAGCGGCACGGAGUCUGUCAGACUACUCGGACCCCGAGACACACUCUGCCUCUGCUCCAAGCCCCAGAUCAUCCAGCCCUAACCAAAGCACUGGUGCUGAGAAUGGCCGCAGCCGGGGCACUCGUGUAUAUGACGUUGCUGAGCGCCGGGCGGACAUUCGUCGGCUGAUCACAGCACGAAAGGCACUCAAUGACGUUGUUGAAAGGCACCAGCGGCUGCAGAGGUACGUGUCUGAGAUGUUGGCUGAGCGCAAGAGAAGGCACGAUCAGAUGAAGGAGCUUGCAGAGCUGCGGCAGGAGGCUGAGACGUACCGGAGGCAGUCUGAGGUCGCGCAACAGCAUCUGGAGUCAGCCGCCGCUGACUAUUCCAAGAAACGAAGCUCACAGUGCAGCAAUGGAGCUGUGAUGGGAGAGGCAGCAAGGGCUCUCAAGGGCGCCUGCAGUCGUUGGCAGGAGGCAGAGUGUGUCCUCCAGGGCGAGAAUGGUCUUGGGCAACUGAGAGGUGAUGCUGUGCCCAUGAUGUGCCUAAUUAGCCCCUGGCAUGCCACACCUGCACAGAAUGUCUACAGUUCUCAGUUGUUGGCUUCAAGGGAAUCCGUGCACUGGAAAUCAGGGCUGGGGCUGCCGCCAUGUUGCUGA